UUUGUCGGGGAAAAUACAUAAUUGCUUCAACAAUUUUACUGCAUUGGCACAGAUGAAUACCACACAAGCUGAUCCAUAUUCUCUUUUUGGUUAUUACUUCAUGAUCCAAUACAAUAGUGAUCUUCCAAAUAACGAAAUUCGACGUGUCUAUGAAUAUUCGGCAAUUCAAUGGAAAGGUCGAGAAUCGGAAUAUAGGAAAAAUCUUAGGCUUCUCAAACUCAUUGAUUUUUCAAGCAAUAGAUUGACCGGAAACAUUCCCAAAUCAUUUUCCAGUAUGCUUGGAUUAAUUUCCUUGAACCUAUCAAGGAAUAGUUUGACGGGAAAUAUAAUUCGAGAUAUUGGUGAGAUGGAGAUGUUAGAAUGUGUUGAUCUAUCACACAACCAAUUCUCCGGUGAAUUACCCACAAGCCUGGCACAAUUACAGUACUUGGCCGUUCUCGACUUGUCGAACAACGACUUAUUUGGUAAAAUUCCAACGAGUACUCAACUUCAGAGCUUUGACGCAUCUGCUUAUGCCAAGAAUGACGGACUCUGUGGGGCCCCUCUGGGGGCAUUGUGCCCCGAAGAUAGCUUGAGGCCGUCCAUCCCUAAUCAGAAUGAGAAAGACGACGGCAAUCUCUCAUUUAUGCAAGAAGUCUGCAUAUCAUUGGCCUUUGGCUUUAUAUUUGGAUUUUGGGGCGUUAUUGGUUCUUUUAUAGUGAAGAAAUCAUGGAGAAUUGCAUACUUCAAUUUUUGGGAUGCUGUUGGAGAUUGGUUCUACGUCAGGAUUGCUAUGUUUAUAUCCAAAUGGAGACGAAACUGAAAUGCAGAGGCAGACAAGCUCGUGGAUACAAGAAGAAAUGAGGAAGAAGUGUUGUUUUUAAUUAAUAAUUAUAGUCCUAAUAUAAUAUGUAUUUCUUAGUACUUUAAUUAUGUCAUUGUUCAUCAAAUUAAGUGUUUUCCUACUCUUUUUUUUUUU